GUGCAGUUUACUCCUCUAACAGGAGCCUGGGCCAAGUGGAUCGCUGUCCUCUCCCUGUUCCUGUGGCUCUGAGGGAGAGAGAGACAAGAGUCAGGAGGACAGAAAGAAGGAGAGAGAGGGAAGGGAGUGGAGGCAGAAGAGAAGAGAGCACAGAACCGACGACCUAAUGAUUGUGGGAGCUCUGGAACUUAAGUGGGGCCACAGUGGAGUCACAACACAAAGUUGUGUAGCAGAUACAACUGUUUCUGGAAUAUUUGGUGGUGAUUAGAGGAGAGGACGUAUCUUCCCAGGAUUUAGAAGCUUUGUCCCGGGCGGGACAGUAGGGCAGUAUGGCGUCCAGCGGUGAGCCGGCGAUGGCUGCGUUGACGUCGUUCAUCAUGAACGAAGAGGAGCUGAAGAGGAAGCAGAGGGAUAAGUUGAAGAAGAUGCAGGCGACGGGGGGUAACCCUCGCCCCGCCCGAUCCCUCUUCUUCUUCACUCUCAAAAACCCCUUCAGAAAAGCCUGCAUUAACAUCGUAGAGUGGAAACCCUUUGAGAUCAUCAUCCUGCUGACCAUCUUUGCCAACUGUGUGGCCUUGGCUGUGUUCCUACCCAUGCCUGAAGACGACAACAACGCUACCAAUACCAGCCUGGAGAGUCUGGAGUAUAUCUUCCUGGUGAUCUUUACGUUGGAGUGCUUUCUGAAGAUAAUAGCGUACGGCUUUGUAUUCCACGAGGGAGCCUAUCUGCGGAACGCUUGGAACUUACUGGACUUCGUCAUUGUCUUCAUGGGCCUCUUCACCAUCGCCCUGGACACCAUCAACUAUCUAGCAGGAAUUCACAUGGAGAAGGGAGGAGGGUUAGAUAUGAAGGCCCUCAGAGCAUUCAGGGUGCUCAGGCCCCUACGUCUCGUAACUGGAGUCCCCAGCCUUCAGGUGGUGAUGAACUCUAUCCUGAAGGCAAUGCUGCCCCUGUUGCACAUUGGCCUGCUGGUGUUCUUCAUGGUCACCAUCUACGCCAUCGUAGGUCUGGAGCUCUUUAAGUGUAAGAUGCACAAGACCUGCUACUGGACUGGCACAGACAUCAUGGCUACAUUAGAGAACGAGAGGCCCGCCCCCUGUGCCCAGGCCGGUAACGGGCGCCGCUGCCUCCUCAACGGGACAGAGUGUCGUUCAGGCUGGGCGGGGCCAAACUUCGGCAUCACCCACUUUGACAACUUUGGUUUCGCCAUGCUCACCGUCUUCCAGUCUAUCACUAUGGAGGGCUGGACCGAUGUGCUCUACUGGGUGAACGAUGCCAUAGGGAACGAGUGGCCCUGGCUCUACUUCGUGACUCUGAUCCUAAUUGGAUCCUUCUUCGUGCUCAAUCUGGUCCUGGGUGUUCUCAGCGGAGAGUUCACUAAGGAGAGAGAGAAGGCUAAGUCCCGAGGGGAGUUCCAGAAGUUGAGGGAGACCCAGCAGCUGGAUGAGGACCUGAAGGGUUACAUGGAAUGGAUCACUCAGGCUGAGGUCCUAGAAAACGACCAGGAGGGGAAAGGACUCCUGCCUUUGACGGAGGCAGACACAGACAGUCUGAUAGGGAAGGAGAGUGAGAGCCGGGUGGUGUACUAUUAUCGUCAGGCUCGUCGCUGGAACCGGUUCUUCAGGAUGAAGUGUCUCGUCUAUGUAAAAUCAAAGACAUUUUAUUGGUCUGUGAUUCUGGUGGUCUUCCUGAAUACUAUUGCCAUCGCUAGUGAACAUCACCACCAGCCAGACAUGCUUACUACUAUACAAGAUAAUGCCAACAAGGUGCUGCUGACCCUGUUUGCGCUGGAGAUGUUUGUGAAGAUGUACGCUCUGGGCCUGCCUCAAUACUUUUUGUCCCUGUUCAACCGCUUCGACUGCUUCGUGGUGAGCAUGGGUAUCCUCGAGAUCAUCCUGGUCACUGCUGACGUCAUGUCCCCUCUCGGCAUCUCUGUCCUCCGCUGCAUCCGCCUGCUGAGACUGCUAAAGGUCACCAAGUAUUGGACCUCCCUCAGUAACCUGAUUGCCUCCCUGUUAAACUCAGUCCGUUCCAUCGCCUCGCUGCUCCUCCUCCUCUUCCUCUUCAUCGUCAUUUUCUCCCUGCUGGGCAUGCAGGUGUUCGGGGGGAAGUUCAACUUCCCAGACCAGGAGAUCAGACGCAGUAACUUUGACAACUUCCCCCAGGCGCUCAUCAGUGUCUUCCAGGUUCUGACAGGGGAGGACUGGAACUCCAUCAUGUAUAAUGGUAUCAUGGCUUACGGUGGACCAGUCUUCCCUGGCAUCCUAGUCAGCAUCUACUUCAUCAUCCUCUUCACCUGUGGAAACUACAUCCUCCUCAACGUGUUCCUGGCCAUCGCUGUCGACAACCUGGCAGAAGCAGAGAGCCUGACGGCCGCCCAGAAAGACAAAGCAGAGGAGAGAAAGAGGCGGAGACUGCUCAGGGCCAACAUGCCAGACAAGGCUGAUGAGGAGAGGGUUCUGCUGGCUAAGAAACUGGCUGAACAGAGGGCUAAGAUAGAGGGGAUUCCCACCACUGCUAAGCUGAAAGUUGAUGAGUUUGAAUCCAACGUGAAGGAAGUGAAGGAUCCCUUCCCUUCAGCAGACUUCCCAGGUGAUGACGAGGAGGAGGAGCCUGCUAUCCCUGAGAGCCCACGGCCUCGACCAAUGGCUGAUCUCCAGCUGAAAGAGGAAGAGGUUCCUAUGCCGGAGACCUACUCCUUUUUUAUCUUCGGACCGGAGAACAAGUUUCGUAAGCUGUGUCAUAGGAUUGUCAAUGCCACCCCCUUCACCAACUUCAUCCUGCUCUUCAUCCUCCUCAGUAGCAUAUCACUGGCCGCUGAGGAUCCCAUAGACCCCAAGUCAUUCAGGAAUAAGGUCUUGGCUUAUGCUGAUAUUGUCUUCACCACUGUGUUCACCAUUGAGAUUGUGCUGAAGAUGACGGUGUAUGGAGCCUUCCUGCAUCCAGGCUCUUUCUGCCGUAACUCCUUCAACAUGCUGGACCUGCUGGUGGUGGGCGUGUCUCUGUUGUCCAUGGGAAUGGAGUCCAGUGCCAUCUCAGUGGUGAAGAUUCUCAGGGUGUUGAGGGUGCUGAGACCUCUAAGGGCUAUCAACAGAGCCAAGGGCCUGAAGCACGUGGUCCAGUGUGUGUUUGUAGCUAUCAAAACCAUCGGCAACAUCGUCCUGGUCACCAUGCUGCUCGACUUCAUAUUCUCCUGCAUAGGGGUCCAGCUCUUCAAGGGUAAAUUCUACACUUGCUCAGACCCUUCCAAAAUGACAGAGGUCACGUGCCGGGGUGUGUUCCUGGAGCACCAGGAGAACAGUCUUCAGGAGAUGGUGGUGGCCCACAGGGAGUGGAUCAACAGUGACUUUAACUUUGACAACGUCCUCAACGGCAUGCUGGCUCUGUUUACCGUGUCCACGUUUGAAGGGUGGCCACAGCUGUUGUAUAAAGCCAUAGACUCAGACAGGGAGGAUAUGGGCCCAGUCUACAACAACCGUGUGGAUAUCUCCAUCUUUUUCAUCGUCUACCUCAUCCUCAUUGCCUUCUUCAUGAUGAACAUCUUUGUCGGCUUCGUCAUCGUCACCUUCCAGGAGCAGGGAGAGUCUGAGUAUAAGAACUGUGAGCUCGACAAGAACCAGCGUCAGUGUGUGCAGUAUGCUCUGAAGGCCAAGCCUCUGCGGUGUUAUAUCCCUAAGAACCACUAUCAGUACAACAUGUGGUACAUAGUCACCUCCUGCUACUUUGAGUACGCCAUGUUCUUCCUCAUCAUGCUCAACACGCUGUGUCUCGGCAUGCAGCACUGUAACCAGUCAGCCCAUGUGACCAAGCUGUCUGACACUCUGAACAUGAUCUUCACUGUCCUCUUCACGGUGGAGAUGAUACUAAAACUCAUUGCCUUCAAAGCUAAGGGCUACUUUGGAGACCCGUGGAACGUGUUUGACUUCCUCAUCGUCAUCGGCAGUGUUGUCGAUGUCAUCCUGAGUGAGGUCGACGCUGCCUUGGCCUCUAGUGGAGGACUGUACUGUCUCCAUGGCUGUGCUCAGACAAACGCUAUGCAGGCUAUUGCGGAUUCUGAGAAUGCCAGAGUGUCCAUCACAUUCUUCCGUCUGUUCCGUGUGAUGCGUUUGGUUAAACUACUAAACAGGUCAGAGGGCAUCCGUAACCUGCUGUGGACCUUCAUCAAGUCCUUCCAGGCUCUACCCUACGUGGCUCUUCUGAUCGUCAUGCUCUUCUUCAUCUACGCAGUCAUCGGGAUGCAGGUGUUUGGAAAGAUAGCCUUAGUAGAUGGCACACAGAUCAACCGCAACAACAACUUCCAGACAUUCCCCCAAGCUGUCCUGCUCCUAUUCCGUUGUGCGACAGGGGAGGCGUGGCAGGAAGUGAUGGGGGCCAGUAUGUACGGCAAGAAGUGUGACCCCAAGUCUGACUUCCUACCUGGGGAGGAGUACACCUGUGGAGCCAGCUUCGCUGUCUUCUACUUUAUGUCCUUCUAUAUGCUGUGUGCCUUCCUGAUCAUCAACUUAUUCGUAGCUGUGAUCAUGGACAACUUUGACUACCUGACACGUGAUUGGUCCAUCCUGGGUCCUCACCAUCUGGAUGAGUUCAAGAAGAUCUGGGCCGAGUAUGACCCGGAUGCCACGGGGCGUAUAAAACAUCUGGACGUGGUAACACUACUGCGAAGGAUCCAGCCUCCGCUAGGCUUUGGGAAAUUCUGUCCGCAUCGCUCAGCCUGCAAGCGUUUAAUAUCCAUGAACAUGCCCCUGAACAGCGAUGGCACAGUCACCUUCAAUGCCACCCUUUUUGCCCUGGUCAGGACUGCCCUCAAGAUAAAGACUGAAGGUGUCGAAGGUAACUUUGAGCAGGCUAAUGAAGAGUUGAGAGCCAUUAUAAAGAAGAUCUGGAAACGCACCAGUAUGAAACUGCUGGACCAGGUCAUCCCACCAAUCGGAGAUGACGAGGUGACGGUGGGAAAGUUCUACGCCACCUUCCUGAUCCAGGAUCAUUUCCGUAAGUUUAUGAAGCGUCAAGAAGAGUACUAUGGCUACCGGCCCACCAAGAAGAGUGCUAAUGGGAGUGCUCCAGAGAUGCAGGCUGGUCUGAGGAGUAUAGAGGAGGAGGUAGCUCCAGAGCUCCACAGGGCCAUCUCAGGAGACCUGCUGAAUGAGGAGGAGAUGGAGAGAGCCAUGGAGGAGUCUCUGGAGGAAGGCAUCUACAGGCGGCAGGGCGGUCUGUUCGGGGACUAUUCAGACCCGUUCUCCACAGAGACCAACAGUGUCUCGCCCUCCCACAUGGCUAGCCAGCGUCCCCUACAGCUAUCAGAGAACAGCCCCGAGGAGGCUGUGUUGCCCCUCAGUCGCUCAGACUCCGUCUUCCUCCCCAAUACAGAGUUCUUUCCCCUGACCCCCACCAAACACAACAGCAACAACAACGCGUUUUCUUAUGAGAGAGAGGAGAGUCCGAAAGUGAGCAGGCAUCAUUCCAGAGUGGACACAGAGCGCAGCUCUCCAGAUAGCAGACACUUCUCUGAGAUCAGUCAGAAACCAAUCAGAACAGACAUCACUCAGUUCCCCUAUGACCUCAAAUACGGUGAGAGCCAGUCUCUCCCCAGCUGUUCCCAAGCUAAAGGGGAGGCUACAGAGGAAGCUGAAGGGGCCACAGGAGGCUCUGUGUCUGCACCUGCCGCUGACCAGCUGAUCAAAGAGGUCUUAGUGGUUGGCGGUCUUGGCGACCUGGCCAAUGACAAUUCGUUUGUGGCGGUGACUCGUAAUGAAAUGGCCGAGGCAAUGCGCAUGCCCAUGUCCCACUUUGAAGACGUGGCCCUGGGCCUCCUCAACGGGCGCAGUGGCCGCGCAACCUCCGCCACAAGGAAGAAGAGCCCAAUCCCCGUGCCCCCUUCCGCCCCCGACCGGCCCUCUAGGUCUGCAGAGCUGAAACCGAAACCCCAGGAGCAGAGAAAGAAGCGCCUCGUCAAAACCUUUAAACAACCCCUGAAGGGGGAAGAGGCAGACACCAAAGUGUAGAGAGUCUGUCAUCGGAGUGCCCAUGACGACAGUGGCGUUAUCUUGUGACAUGAUAUUGACACUUGACUUGACAAGGCUGUGUUGUAGUUGGUGACAUCACACACUCGCAGCAUUAACAAAUCCUGAUUAGUUGCCGUGGCGAUGAGCUCAAUCCACUAACCAUAGUUUCCAAUGGAGACUGGAGGAAAUAGGCCCUCAAACCAGGGUUGAUGGCCGAGUUACUAGGCUCUAGCUGGUUGGCUGUUCAGGUUUUAACAUGCUAUUCCACUGUGGUUGAUUCUUCUCAAUUCUGAUUGAAUUCUUGAAUCAGAUUCAUGAUUCUUAUGGAAAACUAACCAACAAAGGAAAAGGAAUAUUCUGCUACGGUAAUACAUUUUAAACUUCUCAGUUCCGCCAUAUUUAUUUCAACAAAUUAAAAAGGAACUUAUCACAGAGUGCACAGGUUCAUGAACCUCUUUCUUUGUUAUGUUUGUUGACGUAAUAAUCUAUUCCAUAGAGUGGUUAGACAGAACAACUAUGUCCAGUCUGCUGUGUUUCUUACUAAAACCCUAACUAAUGCCCUGUACACACUGCAUGAUAGCAUUUAUUUGUCAUUAAUCUUGUUCUGGAGGCAGCGCUGCAGUGGUCACGAGCGAGCAUUAAAAAAAAUCUAAUUUUGAAUGUAACCCUAACCUUAAAUUAAGACCAAAAAGCCCAUUUUGACUUUGCAGCUGGCCUAUCGCUCCAUUCUGCCUCCAGGACAAGACGCAUGACAAUAAACUUCAACAUGCGCGCACACGCAACUUGUAUUGUGUGCAUGGUGACAGAUGGUGCUUUCAAGACAAAUGGGAACUCUGAAAAAAACAAGGUCAAAGCUCUUUUUUUCCCCCCAGUUGCCUUGAAGGCACUGAAGACUGAGAUUUCUGAGUUACCAGUUGUUUUGAAUGCAGCAAAAGUCUGUGAGUGGAGACAGGGGUGUCCCAGCAAGGGCUGAAGGGGAAAAAAGGAGGUGAGAAAGAAAGGAUACCAUUUUGGAUCACCUGUGAGUGCGUUUCAGUGAGUUUCUAUUUAUCUGGGAAAACUGCAACUGUUGCGUUUGAACGGUUUAGUUCAAUCUUUUGAAAAGAGUCUCUCCUGUUAAAACAUCCAGGAUGCCAAGGAAAUGCUUAGUACACACUCAGGUUGUACAUCUGAUGCACAACACAUUUGACACAAUGGUUGUGAUACAUCAAACAGUUUUGAUGAAGCCUCACCAUAGAGAUAGAGGACUCUGCAUGGAUAUCACCCAUUUUUAGCAUGGACAGUGCCAUUGAGGGCUUCCACCAUUUUAAUGUGGUUUACUGGGUGGGGACUCCCACGAGUUGGGAACAUGAGCUACUUUAAAAUGGAGAUAGCCUCAAUUGCACUGCUGUCACAGACACUAUAAUGGAGCAGUAUAGAAAGAUGAGUCUCUCUCUAUGAGCCUCACUGUUUGUGUUCUUAAAGGCAACGUCCUUCAUUAAUGUCGUUAAAGGGAGGACUUGCCAUCUUUUUACUUUAUUUACACUUGUCUUCAUUUAAUCGAGACUUGUAAAACACUUUCCUUGAUGCUCAACCUCCUCCCACUGUGGGUUUGGGCACUUUUUUAAGAGGAAGUUUCUUUUCUUUUUUUAAAAAUGUGUUGGACAUUUGUACUUUUAAUUUAUUCGUUAUUAUUGUAUUAUCAAUGUUUGAAUACUCACUGAAAUAGGUGUAUAGGGGAAAGUGGGGUAAGUGGAGCAAAUGUUUCAUUCAGCAUCACUCUGUAAAGGGAAAUAUAUUAUUUCUAACAAAAGGUAUCAACAUAUAUUUCAGGAUGUUGCACAUCCCUUGAAAUAAUCAGAAUUCAUGUAAAAACAAGUUUUGGAAAACAUCACUAUGUUUUUGGACAACAUGUCUCUUGGCACAACUUACCCCGGGUUAAGCCACCAACACAUUUCUGUACUGAAUGAAAUAUUACCAUUACCUUUUUAAAACCAUGUCUAUCUUUAUUUCCAAACACAAUGACAAUCACUGUUUGUCUUUUAAUCAUAUUUUACCCCAAGCUUAACGCCUAACAAACACUUAGUACUUUAACAAAUCCCAGUGAUAAUGCUUUGCAUUAUGCUUGGGAAGAAAACACAUUCACUUACCCCAAGACAAACAUUUUGGUUUUAGAUUCAAGCAUCAUGAAACCUCAAAUUAAUUUGACUUGCUGAAAAUCAUUUUUUUUUUUUGUCCUAACUUGCUUACCACUUUUUACAUGUGGUUUCUUCCUUCAGACUCCAUAAAAUGACAUUUUCCUAAAUAGUUGGUCAAAUUAUACAUUUUGUUUGGGGUUUCCUAGAGACGAGUGAGGCUCAACUUACCCCACUCUCCCCUACUGGUAUUUAGCACUUAUCUAACAGAUCACAUUGUAGUUCAUGAAGAUAUUGUAUUUAAUACAAACCAGAGAUUUUGUUAAAUGAGAUUCAUAUGUAUUAAUGACCAGAGGUUAAAAUUAAAUUGAAAGUAAGAAGAAAAUGUAAUAAAAAGUGAUUCAGGAUUUUAAGUGGUGCUGAAGUUAGUCUAGUCUAGAUUUGAUUUGAUCAAGAGUUGUUAGUCAUAUCAGCAUACCUGGCGUAUGGUGGAUUUAGCAUGAAGGCCCACAUAGGGGAUUAACUGGUUUUGUACAAAACAACUUUGCACAUUUUUUGUCUGGGGAAGGAUCUCAAAAGUAUUUUGCUCGAUUCCUUGUGCGAGCUCUUUCCUCACCUUCUCCUGAAAAUAUAAGUUGCAAGCAAGAAGAGCAUUGGAGAAGAUCUGUGUUUUGAGGAUGCAAAGAAAGACCGAAUCAAGGAAAAGACCUUUGAGAUUCACCCCAGGUCUGUUUUUAUUUUAUUUAGUUACCUUAACAGGUCCUAAAGGAGUUAUUUCUCACUUCAUCAUCCUCGUUGGCCAUUUCUGCCUUAGAAACCGGUUGGUCUUUAAAAAGAUAACGCUGCAUAAAAUCAGACAUUAAGUAGUGGGUGGGACAGCUUCUAACCCUGCUGUAUCAAAUAAACCCAUCUUCUAAUGUGCCUUUCAACAAAAUGUUUUUUUAUGUUCUUCAUGUCAGUCAGAUGGAGCUUACACUGGCAAAACAAAUAAAACAUCCAA